AGCCGUUGCAUACACCGUGUGACUGACGCGAUCAACAAUUCAAUGUUUACCACUAAAGUGAAGUUCCCUAUGACGCAACUGGAGUGCCAAGCGGCAAAGGAAAUUUUUGCGUCUGCACCUUCACCAUUUGUAGCAGGAACUAUCGGUGCAAUCGACUGCACUCAUGUCUCUAUUUUGGCUCCCAAAAAUAACGAAUCAAAUUAUGUCAAUCACCAUGGGUACCAUUCGAUCAACGUGCAAAUGAUAUGUGACCCAAAUCUUAGAAUUUUAAACGUAAAUGCAAAAUUUCCGGGAGCACGGCAUGAUUCAUUUACUUGGAGCUUCUCUGCAGCGCGUCGGUACUUUCCACAAUCAAUGAAUAUACUUAGCGAGGCGUUAAAUGGCAACGAUAAAACUGCAGCUGUGGGGCAACCGCCGUUCUUUAUGGCUGUUUUGGAUAGUUUAACUGUGCACAGUAAAAUGUCGCUAAUCCACAGCCUCAGUCAAAAAGUUCCAUACUUGCGCCGGCUUUAG